AACAGAAAAGGAUAAGCAGGCAUCACCUUCUGGUUUGGCUGAUGCAGUAUCUUCGAAGUCUAAAACUAUGACAACCAGUUUUGUGGAAGAAAUUACAACGCCACCUGCACUUGACCUGAAUACAGAAGAAAGACUUCAUCCUUCCACUAAGAUUAAGUUGCAGCUCUUUCCAAUAGAUGAAAGCACUCGUAUAGGAUUAGAAAAGGAUGGGCUUCAUCCAUACUUGGAACUGACUUUAAGUGCUAGAAAGAAGAUAUCCUCUGUGCUUAAGCACAUUGAUACCAAGUGGGGCAGGUCAAGCAUCGCUGUUGGGGAACCCAUGCUUUUCCCAUAUGUAGCAGAAAAUCUGACCAGUUACCGAUGGACGAGAAAUGACAUUUGUAUCAGUGCCAGGGAUGUCUAUGCAACAAUUGGAAGCCCAUCUGUGUUUCGUUUAAGGUAUGGGUGGAUGUCUGAUUUUGAAGCAAAAGCCUUUGGGCAGCCUUUUGUACCAGCUCCGUUCAAAGCCUCUUCAGAACUUGUAGAUGCACAGAAAAGUUGUAACACUUGCAUGCAGAAUAAUUAUGGAAAGGGUGAAAAAGCUGAGGUAACUAGUGAAGAGUCUGGAAAACCAACCAUUACAAGUGGAGAAACAAAUGUAGCAGUUACUGAGAAGAUGUCUAACGGAGUUGGUUCAAUGGAAAAUGAAGCGGCAAUGGAUAGCAGCAUGGGGCAAUCAUUGGCAAUAUGGGAAGACAGUCUAACUAACAUUAGCAUAGGAGGCCUGCUAUCAGAAGCAUCAUUGCAGGGAAGGUUUGGUAAUUGUGGUCCAAAAUCAAUUGGGAUCUCUUCAGGCCUGCAACCAUCUCAACUAAUCUCUGAUUCCUUUGAUGCUUUCCUUGCUGGUCAAAUGAAUCCCUUUAAAAAUCCAGGGCAGCCAGUUCAGGACUCGCAUUCAAUUUUAGAUGCUGAUGAUACGUGCCAUGCAUUUGCAUUUCAAAAAAUUUCUUCCUUAGACAAAAAUGCUAUAGAAUCUGGUGGAAAUGCUUAUUCUCAUUCCAGCAGUCAGGACACUGAUUCUAAGUCAUUCAAACAUCCCAAUCCAAAAGAGGCCAAUAAUCAACAAUCAGACACAGACUUGAUACUUUGUUCACGAGCAUAUAAGGAUGAAAGCAGUCUGGGGCUCUCAGGCAUCAACUGGACAGAAUCUUUGGGGCCCUUUGAUUCGGGCUUGUCUUCCCGCAAAGUUAUAAGUGCAAGCGAUAUUAGCAUAGAUGGCAUUGUCCAGUAGCAUGCUCCUCUCGAAGGUAUGAAUAAACAACGCACACUAAUACAAACCAUAAGGAGGAAAAAGAAGUUGAAAACUUAUUUUACAGCACAAACAUUCUUAACUUGUAAGCUUUAUAAAUUGUUAUCUUGUAAAUUUGUUUUUGUUGUUGUGAAUAUUA